CCGAAUUCGACCUAGCGGGCCAACGACAAGGACAAAAAAGCUGGAGCAGCUCUCGGGCCCUCCCUAAAAUCACUCCUCCUCAUACCUUUAAUCAUGCAUGACUCAACACAGCUCGAUAUUCGGCCGGCCCUCAACGAGGCCCGCCAGAUCUUCCAGAAGACACGUGGAGCAUCAAAACCUCCAACGUUACUGCCCGUCAGCAUUCAAACGCCGGCGGAUCUGCUCACGCCAUGUGCUAUUUAUCUCAAACUCUCGUCAGGAUCGACGGCUGAGUACUCCUUUCUUCUCGAGAGCGCCACUGGGAGUUCCGAGACUGUAGGGCGAUACAGCUUUAUUGGAGCUAACCCGAGGAAAGUCUUACGAACUGGGCCCGGAUAUGACAACGUCGGCGAUCCACUCGCCGCCCUCCAGGCCGAGCUCUCCCAGGAUCGGGUAGUUGACAUCCCCUCCCUCAGGCUCCCGAGGCUGUCCGGUGGGGCCGUUGGCUAUGUCUCGUACGACUGCGUCAAGUACUUUGAGCCGAAAACGGAUCGCCCGCUGAGGGACAACCUUCAUAUCCCGGAGGCGCUGUUCAUGCUCUACGACACCGUGGUGGCACUCGACCACUUCUAUUCCACCGUGACCAUAGUAACGCACAUGAGACUCCCAGAAAGCGACUCCGAAGAUCUGCAGCCCGCGUAUGACGAGGCUUGUGCAACACUACGGGACACCCUGACACUAAUCCAACAGCCUGAAACGCCGCUUCCGAAACAAUCGGAGGAGCCCGGCCAGGCGGGAGAAUAUUCGUCCAACGUCGGCCGGCAGGGAUAUGAGUCAUUCGUGACGAAACUCAAGGAACACAUCAUCAAAGGCGACAUCAUCCAGGCGGUGCCGUCGCAGCGCUUUUCCCGCAGCACGGACCUCCACCCCUUCAACAUCUACCGGACCCUCCGGACGCUGAACCCGUCCCCCUACCUGUUCUACCUGUCGUGCGCCGACUUCUGCCUGGUAGGCGCCUCGCCCGAGUGCCUGAUGAAGACGGACGGCUACGCCCCGCUCCCGGCGGACGACUCGCGGUUCGGCUACACGGCGGCGGAGGCGCGGUCGCGCCCCCGCAUCGUCAACCACGCCAUCGCGGGCACGGUGCCGCGGGGCCGCAACUCCGCCGAGGACGACGAGCUCGCGGGCCAGCUGCUGCGGUCGACCAAGGACCGGGCCGAGCACGUCAUGCUGGUGGACCUGGCGCGCAACGACGUCAACAAGGUGUGCCACCCGUUCACGGUGCGCGUCGACCGCCUCAUGCGCAUCGACCGCUUCUCGCACGUGCAGCACCUCACCUCGGAGGUGUCGGGCGUCCUGCGGCCCGAGUGCACGCGCUGGGACGCGCUGCGGUCCAUCUUCCCGGCCGGGACGGUAUCGGGCGCGCCCAAGGUGCGCGCCAUGGAGCUGAUCUACGACCUCGAGGGGGAGAAGAGGGGCGUGUACGCCGGCGCGGCGGGGUGGUUCGGGUACGACGUGGUGCGGACGGACGAGGGGGGUGAGAAGGAGGGGCUCCCCGCCGUGUUCGCCGACGAGGGGCCCAUGGACACGUGCAUCGCGAUCCGCACCAUGCUCGUCAAGGACCGCACCGUCUUCAUGCAGGCCGGCGGUGGGAUCGUGUACGACAGCGAGAAGACGGAGGAGUGGCUCGAGACGAUGAACAAGCUGGCCGCCAACCUGCGGUGCAUCGAGGUGGCCGAGAGGCAUUUCGGCGGCGGCGUCGCGUCGAAGUCGGUCGCGGAGAUCAUCGAGGAGGAGAGGAAGAAGGGCGAUUCUGUGACGACCACGGCCUAGACAGGAGACGAGUCUAUGCGGGUUUGCAGGCGCGUCGGGUGACCACGCAAUUGGCAGGGGCUGCAGGUUGGAGAUCUCAUGCGAAGGGGGCUUAGGCUAGGUAGAUGACUAGAUCAUCGAGCUUUAGCUUGAACGAAAAGAAUCAUGGGAGAGAAACUCUAGAUAUUUGUGUUGAGUUGAGUGAAAGCGCGCCUCUCUAAUUUCUGCCAGUGAGC